CCAUGGCGGGGGGCGGCGGGCCGGGGCCGGCCGCGCCCGGCUGCUGCCGUGCUGCUGGCGGGGCUGCUCGGGCGGGGCGCGGGGCUUCGGCGCGACGAGGAGGAGGCGCGCUGCGACGCCAUCCGCAUCGCCAUGUGCCAGAACCUGGGAUACAAUGUCACCAAGAUGCCCAACCUGGUGGGGCACGAGCUGCAGGCGGACGCGGAGCUGCAGCUCACCACCUUCACCCCCCUCAUCCAGUACGGCUGCUCCAGCCAGCUCCAGUUCUUCCUGUGUUCAGUCUACGUCCCAAUGUGCACAGAGAAGAUUAACAUCCCCAUAGGUCCCUGUGGUGGCAUGUGCCUCUCUGUCAAAAGAAGAUGUGAACCCGUUUUAAAAGAAUUUGGAUUUGCCUGGCCAGACAGCCUAAACUGCAGCAAAUUCCCACCCCAGAAUGAUCACAACCACAUGUGCAUGGAGGGCCCAGGAGAUGAAGAGGUUCCCCUUCACAGCAAGACCUCCUUGCAGCCUGGAGAAGAGUGCCACAGCAUGGGGUCUAACUCAGAUCAGUACAUUUGGGUGAAGAGAAGCUUGAACUGUGUCCUGAAAUGUGGCUAUGAUGCUGGUCUCUACAGCAGGUCAGCUAAAGAAUUCACAGAUAUCUGGAUGGCUGUGUGGGCCAGUCUUUGCUUCAUCUCAACUGCCUUCACGGUCCUGACCUUCCUGAUUGAUUCAUCCAGAUUUUCCUACCCGGAGCGCCCAAUCAUAUUUUUGAGCAUGUGCUACAAUAUUUAUAGCAUUGCUUAUAUUGUGAGGCUAACUGUGGGCCGGGAAAGGAUAUCCUGUGAUUUUGAAGAGGCAGCAGAACCUGUUCUUAUCCAAGAAGGUCUUAAGAACACAGGAUGUGCUAUAAUUUUCUUGCUGAUGUACUUUUUCGGGAUGGCUAGCUCCAUCUGGUGGGUUAUUCUGACACUGACGUGGUUUCUGGCUGCAGGACUCAAGUGGGGCCACGAAGCUAUUGAAAUGCACAGCUCGUAUUUCCACAUUGCAGCCUGGGCUAUCCCGGCGGUGAAGACCAUCGUCAUUUUAAUUAUGAGACUAGUAGAUGCAGAUGAGCUCACCGGCCUUUGCUAUGUUGGGAACCAGAACCUGGAUGCGCUGACAGGCUUUGUCGUCGCUCCGCUUUUUACCUACCUGGUCAUUGGGACUUUAUUCAUUGCAGCGGGACUCGUGGCCUUAUUUAAAAUCAGGUCUAAUCUCCAGAAAGAUGGAACUAAAACUGACAAACUGGAAAGACUAAUGGUCAAAAUUGGUGUCUUUUCAGUGCUGUACACUGUCCCAGCAACAUGUGUCAUCGCCUGUUAUUUCUAUGAAAUCUCCAACUGGGCCAUUUUCCGCUAUUCAGCGGAUGAUUCCAAUAUGGCAGUGGAGAUGCUCAAAAUUUUCAUGUCCCUUCUGGUGGGUAUUACAUCAGGUAUGUGGAUCUGGUCAGCCAAAACUCUGCACACGUGGCAAAAGUGCUCGAACAGACUGGUGAACUCAGGGAAAGUGAAACGGGAGAAGAGAGGAGAUGGUUGGGUGAAACCCGGAAAAGGGAACGAGACUGUGGUCUGAGAAAAAGACGACACCCCAAUGGUCUGACUGCUCUCCUGUGAAGGACUGAUGGUGUGUAAGCAUUGCCAUGUAAAUUUUGGGAAUAGAAUAGGGAGACGGUUACACAACCUUUCUCUGGGGGAUUAAAAAAAAAAAAUGCCUUAAAGAAUAAACAGCAAAAAGAUCAUGCUGCAGAUACAAUAGCCAUAAACCAUGCUGCCCAAAAUAGGAGAGCCCAGGGAGGCUUUAAAAGCUGUGAAAUACACAAACGUGUUAUCUUCCUUUUUUUUUUUUUUUUUCAUUUUUUAAAGCAGGAUGCAAUUACUGAAGUCUUGAAGUCUUUAGAAGCUGAGGGGCUGUAGCCCACAGCUGUAGGAUGAUGUUUUUCUUUCAUCGUCUUAUAGCUGAUGGAGGAAAGGCAGUCCAGGGCCAAAUUCUGGGCUUAUUUAGUGUCCAGUUACCAGAAGGUGGAGUACCCAGGACCUCAGUUAGAUGUCUUCUUUCCUAGUUCAGCAUCGAGAAGGAAGCAUUUGAUGAGGAUUAUGUCUUUAUACCCUGGGGAAUUCUGUUGUUCCCAUACACUGCACAAGUCAGCCAAGGAUCAGUCCUCCAACAAAUAGCAAGUGGGCUUUCAGGUCUGAGCUUUACCCAUGAUGAGUAGGAUUUAGUGAGGUAUUAGUAAGGAUUAUUCUUGAAGUCAUCUGAUGGCCUAAUAAUAAUUUCAACUCUUUUUUUUUUUACCAUUUGUAACCUGGUCUGAAUUGAGUGUUGAUUCUGCCACAUGGGAAUUUGGACCUCCCUGCAUCCCUUCACACUUGAUUUAUUCUGUGAUUUUAUGAAUAUUUCUAAUUUUUUAAAAGCUUUACUCAAGGCCAAUGUCAGAUGUAGAGGACUCAGCAGAAAGUGAGAAACUGUGUAUGGUCUUCUACAUCAAUUAUUAUUAUCCAUCUGCCUCCAUUCCUGUCCCUUCAGGUGCUCCUGCUAUUUCCAGAAGACUACUUUAUUCUGCUGCAUUUAAUAACUUUAAAUAAAGUCUUAAAAUAUAGUGUUCCUUCCUCAAGGAAAGAGAAAAAAGGAGUCGAGGGUACCUUUAAACAAUACCAGUUUUCUCCAAGUAAACUUACCUGUCUCUUUGGAGACCCAUUGCAUAAAGCAAUUAAGUCUUAAUAUAUUUUGUUCAGUGUGAUGGUAUCUCUGCAGACACCAAUCUGAGGAGAAUCAAAAUGUUAAGUUCCUUGGCAACCUCAUGUUCACACAGAUCAGUUGUAUAAUUAUGUGUGUCAGUUCCAAUUAAAAGAACAUUCUCAGCCCAUGACAUUGCAGUACAGCUGACUGCCUCACAAUGAUGCUUCAGUUGCUCACUGGUGGCUAUGGAGAGGGGUUUUUUUAAUGUAUAUUUACACACAGAAUGUGAGCAGGCAUUCAGUCCUCAGGAACAACAAAGACCUUUCCAGUUUUUGUAAAGGGAUCCAACUUCUUGGUGAAUAAUGUUGUUUCAAAGCAACUGUUGAGUUUUCUUAUCCUCUUGUUUGAGGAGGCAUCAGCUUGUUCUUAUUGGGAGAUUGAACCUAGUGUCAGGGGCUUGUUUGGCUAAUAAGAAAGAUGAUACAAAUAGAAAUACCCCAGAAGCACUUAAGAGAACACUGUUCUGAUGUUCUAUCCCUUUGAAAGACCUUUGGUUUUAUGUGUGUGCUCUAAAGUUUUACUUCAUUUCUUUGUGUGAACCUGAUCUGCUGCAGAGCAUUCCCUCUGGUGUCCCAACUCACACGACCUUCAAGGGCAGCUGAGAACAGAUGCUGCUUUAUUAAAGUACUUGCUUUUCACACAGGUGCCCAUGUGCUUCCCAAACCACAGUUCACUCCAGCUCUGGAAGUGAACACUAAUAUGUCCAAGCAUGUAUUGUUUCAGUGUCAGUGUCAAAACAUGUGCUAGAGCACUUCUUUUUUUAAACUAAAAACCAAACCCUAACGACUGAGCUCCCUCUCCAGCAGCACAAGUGACAACUUGACACAUUCUACUUAAGACUCAUAAGUGUUGUUUGGUCAACGCCCCAUUCCAGCCAGGCCUUUUCAUCCUCUCCAUAAAGUCUCUCGCUAUUAGUGUUGUGUUUGGGUCUGGUUAUGCCUUUGUGGACAAGGAGUUCUGCAAGUAUGAGAUCUUCAGGUGGCUGAGCUUCUCCAUCGUGCAGUCUUUGUGCUGGUGCAGCAAGGAAUGUAAAGUCAGCAGCUAUAUGUUGGCUUUCAAAGAGGGAGGAUGCAGUAUGAGUCUUUUUUGGUAAAGUGGUAUUGGGCUGUGCCAAGGUGUCAUGUUCACUCAAGUGUUCCUCACUCUGAAACACUUUGGAUACUUUCCUGGCUGAUAUGACCCGUGUUUGACCAGACUGAUUCAAUAAAUGAAGUUUUUAACCACGUUA